AAAGGAACAAGAAAGUUUUUAAAACUUACAAUAAUAUCAUUUGUUUUAUGAAAAGUUUCAUGAUAUUUAAACUUGUAAGUUUUCAUAAUUUUCUUGAAAAAUUUAUUUAUUUUUUAUUCACUUUAUAUAUAUACAUAUAUAUAUAUAUAUAUAUAUAUAUAUUUUUUUUUUUUUACUUUUACUUUCCACCAUUAAUUUCUAUCUAGCUAUAUAGAAGUUUAGCCCACAUGCCACAAAUCAUUCACAGGCCCAAUUAGUUGUUUUACCUUUAAAGGCCCAUCUAACUUGCAUCUUCAUCUAGGGAUAAUUUCACUUACCUCCCUUGAGGUUAGGCGUAAUUAUAGGCGGUACCCUUAACGUUUCAAAUAUUACACCGACCUCCUUUCAAUGUGGCCGGCGUUAGAUUCUGGUAGAAAUUCAUGUGAAAGUACUAAUGUACCCUCUAUUAUUAUAUUAAUAUAAAAUAUUAUCAAAUUAUUUUAACAAAUGUCCAUUUGUACCCUUGAGCUUAGAUUUAUUUAUUUUUUUUCAUUUUUCCUAUUAAACAGAAACAAAACAACCGAACAAAGCACAGGAAAAAAAAUUACGAAGCAAACCGGGCCACUAGGUCCCUUCUCUCUCUUGUCUCUCUUUCUCUUUCCAACCUCUUUAGCGAAUAACAUGUGGUCCUAGCCGCUGGCCCUCUCUUCGCCAUCCUCAGUUUCCUCUUCUUCCCUUACACCUGGUCCACACCCAGAGGCCCUCAUCACCGUCGAGAUCACCACCGCCUACCCCAGCAACGACGGCUUCAUCUUCUGGGCCUACCGUGCCUUCAUACCCUUUGUCGGCUAUCAUGACGACCUGGAAAUUCCUCUCUGCCUUUCCUCGCCGCGUCCCCAUCAUCUGCAUCGACUACUGUGAGAAAUCUUCCCGUCUUCAGUGAUCCAAGUAGAGACCCAAAUCACGAGUUUCAAUUUAGUAGAAUAAAAUCCUAACCCAAAUCAUUUGCCAUGUAAGCUUCGUCAGCGUUGCUUCAAUUUGGGGGUUCAUUGCGUUCUUCUAUAUGUGGAUGGUUGUGCUUGUCGGUAUACCACAGUCACCGAUUGGUUGUUUAUGGCGUUGCCCUUUGACUUUUUUGGUGGUUAGUUGUUGGUCGGGGCUUUGCCGUUUGCCCUUUGCCAUUUGUUUAUUAGUCACGCUUCACCGUCGUUGUGAUGUUGUUACGCUGCCUGAUCUCACCGUUGUGUAUCACCGGCGGCUUGAACGAUUGGGGCUUUUAGGACUACCGAUAGCUAAAUCAUCCACCAUACAGUUCAUUGUAUUGUAUUGUUGUUUCUUCGCAUUAGCUAUGUUUUAUCUCUUUCUUGUUGUCACAAUUGGGUUUCUUUGUUUCCUAUUUUUUUAUCAGAAACUCCUAUGGCCUUCCCUUUGACAAAAAAGUUUAAUAUGGUUUUCUUGGAAUUCAUUGUUUACUUUUUGGUGUUUGUUAAUAAAUAGACAAACAUAUGGUAUUAGAGAGACCUUGUAUAUAGAAUUUUAGAGAGAAAUUAAAGUUUAGAGAGACUCAUACAGAGGAGAGAGGAGAUGAUAUAGUAGGUUGAUAUAUAUAUAUAUAUAUAUAUAUAUAGACAUAGAAGGUCUUUUUGUCUUUAUAUUGAGGGUAUUCAAGAAUUUUAAAUCAAAAGUGAGGGUGUAAAUGUCUUUGCAACCUUUUUAAGGGUAAAUGUGGUAUUUCACACAGAGAAGAGGCUGACAUCAUCAAAAGACGGCGUUGACUACUAAUGGGAGGGACAGAUUGUUAUGACGGAGCUAACCUGGAGGGAGGUCGGUGUAAUAUUUGAAACGUUAGGGAUACAACCUGUAAUUAGGCCUAACCUCAAGGAAGGUAAGUGAAAUUAUCCCUUUCAUCUAUGUUGAUUAAGAUAAGGAAACCGUAAAUCAUCUUCUCAAAAAACCCUAAGAAGUACGAACCCUAAGAAGCACGACUGAGGAGUUUUCAAAGGAUGGAGACGGGAAUGGUGGUGGAGAAGGAGGAGAAACCACUAGUGCAGGGAAAGAAGAUGAUGAUGGAGGAGGAGGAGGAGGUGGAGGAGAGGAUAGCAGACCAAAAUUUGGAGGAUGGAGUGGUGGAGAAGAAGGAGAAACCACGAAUGCCGGGAAAGAAGAUGGUGGUGGUGAAGAAGGAGAAACCACGAGUGCGGGGAAAGAAGAUGAUGGUGAGGCUGUCGAGGAUAUUCAUGGAUAAAAAGACAUCGUAUAUGGUGUCGGAGGAGGAAUCCCUCCACCGGCAGGAGGAGGAUCUGAGGGAGGUAUUCUUCCAGUAUCUGGAGGAGGGAUUGCAGAGAAGAUUGAAGACGGUGGCGGGAUCAUCAAUUCAGCUCACGUGUGAGCAGAAGCUUGACCUUCAGGGCGGCCAGAUCCGCGAAGCUUCUGUUCAUAUGUUCGACACUUUGAAUGAACGACUGAUUGAGUUGCCGUCGUCAUCUCAUGGUUUUGUUACACCCAAACCUUUCCCUGUAGUUAUGGCUGUUGGAACUCUCCAACUUUAUGUUUAUGGACAAUCUAUGGCAACUUCAUUGAAUGUCCCAGCGCCAACACUUGAGAGCUUUAACAUUGGAGAGUUUGAAUGGGAAUCACAAUUACCUCCACAGUUUGAUUUACCGAGCUGUACCUUUGUUAAUGGUUACGCGGUUGUAAAGAAUUUUCUCCUCAUUUCGGUUGCAGAUUUCAAUAGUAGACAUUCUUGUAAUGAGUUUUUCUACUGGAAUUUCUCCGGUGGUUCUAAUUCCAAAAACAAGUGGGAGAAGAUGAUCUUGUCAAAAGGCCAAAAAAAUAUAUACUAUCCAUUCUCCGGGAAGGCUGAGUUUGUUGAAGAUGUGAUUUAUUCAUACAAUAGAGGCUUGUAUGCAUACCGGGUUGAUUGCUGUUCUGACAAAGAAGGUCUACAGAUAUCUCCUCCUCAGCUAGUUGGACUUCCCAAGUUUGCAGCCCUGCCUGUGGAUUGGUCUGAUUCCAUCCAUUUCUCGUUCAGCAGUGCAUAUAUGGGGAUUGGGAAGAGAUUCUGUAUCAUCAGGACUGGGGACUCGGGUUGUAUUGGUGAUCAACAAUUCAUGGCCGUAUCUGUAGUUGAAGUUUCUGAAGAUAUGCAGUGUCUAACAACCCUCUCUUCGACAAUCUGCCCACUCGACAUCGGUGGCCUCGGCAGUGACUUGAUCCUCGAUUCUUGCUUUGUCAAAUUUUUCGGUGGUUUGUUUUCAGAGGCAGAGAUUGGGAGCAAGAUCCCUUUGAACUUUGAAGGAUGGGAUCAGAAGGAAGAUCCCUUUGAAGGAUGGGAUCUGAAGGAAGAUCCCUUGGGAGGUUGGGUGAAUGGAUAAAUAUAAAUCAUAAGGACCCAACAUUGGACAAUUCAUAUCUUUAUUUACUCACCAUGCACUCAAGAGAGAAAACUUCAAUGAACAUCCAAAUCUGAAAGGAAUUGGUGAAGAAAUAGUGAAAAAAUGUAAAGGCUUGCCUUUGGCAGCAAAAACACUAGGAGGCCUCUUGCGCAACAAACCACGACAAAGGGAGUGGGAGAAUAUACUGAAUAGCAAGAUGUGGGAUUUACCUGACGUGGCU